ACUUAAGAAAUUAAUAAUUUCUAGAAAAGUGUUGUGGAUUCAUUUUCUGCUGGAUACCUUAUGGAUAAGUCUAUUAAUCAUUCCAGUAAUUAAGAAAAGUGACUUUCAUCCUCAAAGUGAGGCUGUGUAGCUUUCGGAUGUAAAAAGUUUUGCUGCUGCAGCCUCACUAUGUCUGAUCUGAUCGUUAGCUUGUGAUGGCUAACGUUAGCUGACAGGAAGUCCUCAGUGUAGUCUGCCUCAACAGAAGCUGACCGCCAUGCACCACAUACUGUAUGUCACCCUGCAGCAUUAUGGGAUCUCAUACCUAAUGGGUUGUUUGUGUUCUGUGGAGCAGCUGCGGUUACUCGCGUCGCACUAACUAAUUAGACUACAAGCUGACCUGUUAUUGACUGCACACUGGAGAAACAGAUCAUACUGCUGUGUCCAGACUUGUUAGUUCCAAUAUGGGCAGUUAAUAAGACUUAAUAAAAAUCCUUCUGCGGUCAUUUCAGUUUGACAAACAUAUUUUUCCACCCCCCGCAAACAGACAAUGACAGGUAAGAAUAAAGUGAGGGUGAAAAUAAAGGAGGGUGGGGUUGGUUGCAUCGCUCAAUAGAUUAAUCAUGCAUGCCUGGUUUUUUGGCCACCAGCUUGUAUUCAAGGGGAAAGAGGGCUGCCUCUGUCCGUGUUUCCUCUCAGCCAUGGGCUCCUCUGCAAGAUGGAUGCUGUGGACCCUGUGUGUGUGUUUCAGCCCUCUGGAGAAUGUUGCACUCAGGGUCACCAUGAGGGAAUCCAGUCUAAAGGUGGUUCAGGGUGAUUUUGUGGUCCUGCCCUGCUCUUUCUUCACCUCCAGCCCUCUUUCCAGACUCAAUGUCAUUUGGACUCUGGCUCCUUUCUCCAGUCCAGAUGCCCCAAUCCAGGUGAUUGUGUACGACCAUGGACAGGUGAUCGAAGAUCCAACCCUCACUGGCAGGGUGGGCUUUACAGGUAUACCCUGGAGUGCAGACAUUGUCCUGAAUGACACACGUGUAUCAGAUGCUGGUAUUUACCGCUGCAUGGUCAACAACCCGCCCGAGACCGCAGAUCCUGGCAUAGGAGAACUGGAGCUCAGCGUUCUGGCGCCACCUUCGCUGCCUGCGUGCCAGUGGGACGGCGACAUUGAAAUGGGAGGAAGUGUCACGCUGUCCUGCUCAGUGGCAGAGGGCGUCCCCACUCCAGAGAUCCGCUGGGAUAAACUGAAUCCGGAGGAAAUCGCACUUCCCAUCAACAUGGAGGGGGAUCUGUCAGGCUCCGUCCAGAUUGUCAACGUGUCCUCUCAGACGUCCGGCCUGUAUCGCUGCUCCGCCACAAACCUCCUGGGAACAGAGAACUGCUACGUCAAUCUGUCCAUCUACAGCACCCCAGGCAGCUCCUCAGGCGUUCUGCAGGGUGUGCUGCUCACCUUGUCCAUGUGCCUGGUGCUGUUGAUGCUGCUGGUGCUCGUGCUGUGGCUCCAUCGCACGGGACAGGACGGGAGGAGGUGGAGCGAGGGCAAAGAAGAGGAGUGUUACAAUGAGAUACGGUACACUCCGUCUCUGAUGAAGCGCUCCUUUGUCUGACGUCUCAACGUCCGUAGGAAUUAACAAAACGAAAAACGAGAGAGAAAAGAAAUUCUCCAACCCUGUUGUCAAAUAAGACCUCCAAGACUCUUUGCUUCAUGUAGAGAAUUAAUUUUUACAGCCUAAUUCGUGCUCCCUGCAUACUACUGCAUCACUGUACAGCAUCACAAGCUUAAAAAUAAAUGCAGUUUCCCGUAGGUGUGGUAUUUUAUUUACAUGACGUGAUAAAAACAGGAUCCCUUGGCUUUAAUCAUCUAUCCAAAAAUACACCUCAAGACAAGCCUCCAUGUUGAGUUUCAGUAUCCUGACCUUAAAGUCCUCACCUCAAACCUAAAGCCUUUGAAUUUGUCAAGCCCUAAAUAAGAAAAUACUCUGAAAACAUCUUCUGCGCUUGUACAAUUCGAUCUUAGUCUCUUUUGGCCAAACAUCAGCAUGAUCUCUAUCUCUGAACAAGCAAACAUGUCGAUGCUUCAGAUGGAGUCGUUCACCAUGGUCUGUGUCGAAUCUUUAACAAAAACACCUAUUUGGAUCAAUAAUGCUCACUGUGUCGAUGACAAGUACUGCAAGGACCUGAAUGUCAGAUGAAGGAGGCUGUCAGGUCUGUUCUCUGCUGGCAGAGACAAACCUUAAACAAAUGUGGUCAACACGCUCAGUUUCUAACCAGAGAUCCUUUAUCUGUACGUAUUCCUGUUAAUAUUUUAAAGUUUUUAUUUUAGAUAAUUACUGUGCACUGAGUCAGAGGUUAAGAAGGUUAAUUGCUUGGUGAACAGCAAGUUAGCUGAUUCACAGCACAUGACCACUGGGUCAUUUGAAUACAGAAUACACGGCACUGCAGCACCACUGUAGGGUGUUUAACAUUAUAUUUUAAAGGAAAGUACAAAUUAAAAGCCAAAUCUUGAAAUUCUCCAGACUAAAAAAAAUAAUACUAAUUAAAAAAAAAAAAAACAGGUAAAUGAAAUCACUCAGAGCAGCUGAUUUGCAAACAAAGACACAAAAACCUUUAAUUUAAAUAGGAGGAGAAAAAAAAAAUCACAUAAAAAAACUGUACAGAAUAUUGAACAUCGACUUAAAUUUCUUAAAUAAAAAGACCCCUCUCCCAAAAGAACUAAAAAUAAACGAUAAACAAAGUGGGAUGGUGUAUGAUACAUUUUGUG